AUGCCACCGCCAGGCAACACCAAGUCUGCGGCGGCGCAGAUUCGAGCAAUGUCCGGGAAUACCGACGAGGACCUCUCAGAAAAGUAUAAAACACUGAAGAGGCGCUACCAGGAACUCGAAGAGAAACCUAAGGAUUCCAACAUGGAACCUCAGAGAAGCGGGGAACAGGAUACGAGCGUACAGCAGGAAAGAGAACAACUCCUGGAACGGAUUCUCGACAUGGAAAAGCAAAGACAAGCCAUUCCUAUGACCUCGACGCCUAGUUCUUCAACCGGAACCCCGGCUCCACCUACCGCCCCCGAAGCGCGUUCUACGACGAGUCCCAAAGCAGUCAGUCAUGAGUCUGCGGAGAAGGAGGAACGCAACGUGAGGCGGCGUCUCAACGACGAUGGUCCCAGUGAGGCCACUGUGAACGGUGCCUCAGAACCUUCAAGACCUUCUCCGGACAGGGCCACCUCUCCCUCUGCCUCUGGUCUUAAAAGACCCAGAGCCGACUCGAAUGCCGAAUCGUCGUCUAACAGUGCCGGUGAAGCCACCAGCUCGGAGAAUGUCAGUACCAGCCCAUCCAACUCACCAACAAUGUCCAAGCGGCGUCGUAAAUCCAGCAACGUCGAACUGGUAAUCGCGUCGCCACCUCGAGAAACGCGAUCACGUCGCAAGGCUGCUAGUCUCUCAACAGCAAGCAAUGAAGACACGUCGACUGCAGCUUCCAAAGAUAAGCCCACUGGAAACGGCGCAACGGACUCGAGUGGUUCUCAGUCGGUGGAAGCUUCAUCGUCUUCUCCACAGCCAACUAUACCUGCCGAUGCGCAACCGGGCCUUAGUAUCGACACCAAUCCCCCUGCCACAUCGGAGUCGAAGUCUCUUUCCAACGAGAAACGCCCUGAUGCAAGUUCCGACUCCAAAUCGCCUCCAUCCACCUCCGCGACUGAUGCAAACAUCGACCCCAGUUUAACGGAUCAACAAACGUCAACUUCAAAGCCAUCAAAUUCAAGUUCAUCCUCCACAUCAACGUCUAGCUCUUCAAAAUCCACUAAUCCUUACUUAAAUCUCUUCUUCCCAAAGACCAACCCAAAUGGCACCCCGACACCCACCAGUGCCCAUCCAAUGGCAUUUGCAAACCCAUACAUGUUCUACCCCAUUACUCCCGUCACUCCAAAUACACCUGGGGUAUACUACACCAACCCGUACAUGUAUAUGGGUGCUCACAUGGUACCGGGAUAUCCUCCUCCUCCCGGGAGUGCGACUUCUCCGGCAACCCCAAAUAGCAGCACGCAUCCUCGACCACCUGCACAGCCUGCUCCAGUCCCAGGACCUUCGACUGAGGUGCAAGCCCCGCCCGCACCGAAACCGAAGCGCACCAAGGCUCAUGCAGUGACGAGCAAAAGCUAUAGUAUCCCUCUUGUACCGCGAGACAAGAACGGAAAGCCGAUGUUGCCACUUAACGUCGGUAUCAUGACUGUCAUCAACCUCGGCACAGUUUGUACGCGGGAGCAUUUCCAUACAGAGCGAUACAUAUUCCCUGUUGGCUACGAAGUUACUCGUCGUUAUCUAUCGACAGUCAACCCCAACAUUGAGGUCGUGUAUCACUGCACCAUUCUUGAUGGUGGAGACGGCCCCAAGUUCCAAAUCGUACCUUCGGACACACCUGACAAACCUGUGAUAGCUGGUACUGCUACAGGCGCUUGGUCAAGCAUCGUGAAGCAGGCGAACGCCAUCCGGAAUCGCCAGCACUCGAACUCUGUGUCGGGCCCUGACUUCUUUGGGCUCGGGCAGAACACUAUCAAGCACCUUAUCCAGCAACUACCGAACGCGGACAAACUCAAGAACUACGUCUGGCAGAUCUUUAUCGAGGGAGGUCCCCUCGGUGGAAGACACGCCUCGGUCAUCCCAGCUCUCCCAGAGGAAUACGAUGCUUCAACCCCUCGAGGUCCCGUAUACCACACACCACUAGAACGCGAAAAGAUGAAGGCCGUGGUUGGAAGUGCCAGCCCGGGAGACCUGCCCAAAGGCCUUUCGCACUACCCCCAACACAUCAUCGCUCAAGCCCGGAUGCAGCAUCAGGUCGCUGGCCCAAGUACGGCGCCACUUCAAACUCACGGUGGACAUAGUGGGCACAGCACACCGACGCCCCAGCCUCCCGCACAGGUACCUCUGCAAGAGCAAGCCCCUCAACAGCAGCCAUCUGCUGUUAACUCCAACCCUGAGCAACAUUCACAGUCGCCACCAGCCGCACCUCCGGAGGCUCAGCCACAUCCUGUUACCGCACCUCCGCCUGUCGCUGCCCUCCCACAGGGUCACCCAGCGACCUUCAUCCCUAAUACUGGGUUGGCCGCGCAGGCUCCUACACCCAUAACGCCCAACACACCUGCUCCGUCCAUCGCAAGCCUCAUGAACGCCUACCGACCUGGCACGGGACCAUCCUGAGCGAGGUCGACGCGUUUUGCGUUCCUGGGCUGCUUUGUUCUCCAUUUGCUCUCAGCUGUUAUUUAUUCAUUUUCUCAAGGUCUAGGGCGCUGUACAGGGACGAUACUUCAACUUGUUUUGCAUCCAAUUGUGACACCACACAAUGUACAUUGUUCGUCGUCGUGUCGACAAC